GAUGAAAGAAUUGAGAUUGAUAAUAUUGUAUUUGUAGACUAAGAUGAAAUUUAAUCAGAUAUAAGAAGAAAAGCUGAUUUCUUAAACUUCAAAAUGCGAAGAGUUAAGGGUUCUGAUGAAAACAAAAUAAGGAGCUGGGGCUCAAGAGGAGAGUUUCUAGUUUCCUGUAUUGGAUACACUGUAGGUAUUGGGAAUAUUGUUCAAUUCCCCUUCCUUGUAUUCCGGAACGGUGGAGCAGCGUUCCUGGUUCCAUAUUUGUUAUUUUUAGUUGUUGUUGGAAUGCCAAUGUAUUUCAUGGAAGCUGCUAUUGGACAAUUUGCUCAGGGCGGAGUAGUUUCUGCAUUUUAUGCUAUGCUUCCUGCCAGCACCGGGGUAGGAGUAGCAAUGGUUGUAUUGUCUCUCAUAGUUUGUAUUUACUACAACAUUUUGCUCUCCUAUUGCUUGUUCUACUUGUUCCAAUCUUUUCGAAGUAUUUUACCAUGGUCAGUUUGUGACGAAACCUGGGGAGCAGACCAAAGAUGCUUCACGACUUCGGGUAAUCAGACCUAUCAUAAAAUCUUGCUUCUAGAGGGGCAAUGUCUUCUUGAUGAUAUUGAAGGGUGUUCUCAAUCUUCUCUUCAAUCCUCUGCUCAACAGUUUUGGAAUAAAGUUCUUCUUAAACAAGAUAAAAAAGGACUUGAGAAGUUUGGUGAUAUUGGAUCAAUUGACUUAAAUCUUGCCUUCUGUCUUCUUCUUACUUGGAUUUCAGUGACCGUGAUUGUAGUAAAUGGAGUGAAAAUUAGUAGAAAGAUUAGUUAUUCUACUGCCCUGUUUCCCUACAUCCUUCUUUUUAUCCUCCUAGUGCGGGGCUUAACCCUGGAAGGGUCAACUCAGGGACUUCGGAUCCUCUUUAAUCCUAAAUGGUCAAAACUUGAAGAGUUGAGUGUCUGGAGAGAUGCUGCCCUUCAGGUCUUCUAUUCUCUUGGGCUCUCCUGGGGGGGCCUUACUAUGCUUGGUAGUUUCAACAAGUUCAAUGAUAGAAUCCAUAUUGAUACUCAGAUAGUUCCAAUCAUAGACUUUUUCACAAGUAUAGUCGCGAGUAUUGUUGUAUUCUCUCUACUAGGACACAGAGAACAUUCAACAGGUGUAUCUAUUCAGGAGACUGUUACGGGCGAACAAGCACUUGCUUUUAUUUCUAUUCCUGAGGCUCUGGAACAAAUACCAACUCCAAAUCUGUGGUCCAUAAUCUUCUUUCUCAUGCUCUUCAUCCUAGGACUUAAUUGUCAGUAUGUCUUGUUUGAGGUUAUCCUGACCACACUUAAGGACUUAUUUCCAAUGCUUUGGUCACAUCAGGAAAUUUUAACCUGUCUUCUGUCAACUAGCUGUUUCCUCUUGGGACUCCCAUGUAUCAGUGAGAAGGGUCAGCGUGUUCUAGAGAUUAUGGAUUUGUAUGGAACCAAAAUAACAGUGAUAAUUGUCGGUCUGGUGGAGCUUCUCAUGGUUAUGUGGUUGUACGGAGUGCAAAGGUUUUGCCGAGAUAUAAAAUGCAUGGUUGGGGUAUCUCCCGGAUUUUAUUUUCAGAUUUGUUGGAGUUUAUUUUGUCCAUUAGUUCUGGUGAUUCUUAUAAUCUUCUGUCUAAUCCCGUGGAGUCCAACUGCAAUCAUUUAUUCUCUAAAACCAGACUGGGCGUUAAAGAUAGGUUGGAGCCUCUUCGGACUGUCUUUAAUACAGAUUCCUGGCUGGUUCAUUGCCAUUUUUUUCUAUUAGACGAAAUUGUACACCUGUAAAAUGUGGGUUUCAGUCUACCCUCAAACUUAAAAAUACAGGAGUGAAAAUGUCUCUGAAAUAGAAUAGCUGGUCAAAACAACACCAGCUUCUACAACAUCAUGAACAAGAUGGAGCCCUCGACCACAGAGAAUACGUUCAUGAUCAAUAAUGAAUUCGAAGGAGAACGGCACGGUUCAUAUGUGACCUAUCCAUCAUGUGAUUCUCCAGCAUGUCCUGAUUCACCAGGCUCAUUCAAUGAAGAUCUUUUAGAGUCGCAGGGACCACCUCCUUACUCAUCAUCACCAGUGUUCCCUCGCUUCCAGAGUGCUGACUUUGCUUCCAUUAACAGACAAUCCCUCACCCGAACCAGCUCUGCUUCAAUUCCGGUUUACUGUCCUCAACCCCCGCCUUAUUUUCUAAAGGUUACAUCUCCUCACGAUGACGAUGACGAUGAGAAUGAUGAGAAUGAUGAGAAUGAUGAUACCGGAGGCAAGAUGGUGCCAAGACUAGACACAGGCUCCAAUACAGAGGCCGAGCUCCUGCGGGAGGAGUUGAAGGAAGCUUUAAGAAGUCGUAAACACACGAAAUAAAGUUUUUAAUGAUUUUAAAUAAUUAACUUUUAUAUUCAUAUUUUGUGUCUUUUAUCAUAUCCAAUAAACUUCAAAACGGUUG